ACAACAACUUGUUAGGUAUUCUUUCUUUCUUCUUUGCCUUCACCUAUCAAUCAACAUGGCAAGGAUCUCAGCAUGUCUGGUUCAUGCUUUAACCUUAUUCGUUCUAAUCCAUGUUGCACUAGCUGAAUACGAGCCUUACACGCCCAACAAGGAAACUCCAUACAAGAAACCAGUUGUAGAUCUUACUGUAGAAGCAUAUCUUCCAAAAUACGAAGCUCCAAAAUACGUCUAUGCAACUCCACCACCACCGGCUUACGUCGCUCCCAAGUACGAAGCACCAAAGUAUACUCCUAAAUACGUUUACACAUCUCCACCACCACCGGCUUACGUCGCUCCCAAGUACGAAGCACCAAAAUAUACUCCGAAAUACGAUGCCCCCAAGUACGAAGCACCAAAAUAUACUCCUAAAUACGAAGCACCCAAAUACGAAGCACCAAAAUACAAAGCACCCAAGUACGAAGCACCAAAGUACACUCCUAAAUACGAAGCGCCAAAGUAUACUCCUAAAUAUGUCUACGCAUCUCCACCACCACCGGCUUACGUCGCCCCCAAGUACGAAGCACCAGUGUACACCCCUAAGUACGUCUACGCAUCUCCACCACCACCGGCUUACGUCGCCCCCAAGUACGAAGCACCAGUGUACACCCCUAAGUACGUCUACGCAUCUCCACCACCACCGGCCUACGUCGCCCCCAAGUACGAAGCACCAGUGUACACCCCUAAGUACGUCUACGCAUCUCCACCACCACCGGCUUACGUCGCCCCCAAGUACGAAGCACCAGUGUACACCCCUAAGUACGUCUACGCAUCUCCACCACCACCGGCUUACGUCGCCCCCAAGUACGAAGCACCAAAAUACACCCUUAAGUAUGUCUACGCAUCUCCACCACCACCGGCUUACAUCGCCCCCAAGUACGAAGCACCAAAGUACACCCCUAAGUACAUCUAUACGUCUCCACCACCACCGGCUUAUGUUGCUCCCAAGUACGAAGCACCAAAAUACACCCCUAAGUACGUCUAUGCGUCUCCACCACCACCAGCUUACGUCGCUCCCAAAUACGAAGCACCAAAGUAUACUCCUAAAUCUUCCUACCCAUCUCCACCACCACCAGCUUACGUCGCUCCUUAUUACUAGAAAUUAGUUUUAGUGCUUAUCCAAAGAUCUUUCUACUGUCCCCUCUAAAAACAUCAUGUUCCUAGCUAACAUCAUUCAUCCAGUGUUACAUCGUUUAUAAGGUAUGUACCUGACAUCCCCUCAUUCACCAAACUGUUAUUUGAUUUUUAUUGUGAGUUUCAAUUAUGUUUGUUUCUGCAAUUUAUAUCAAAAUGAAACUUUUAUAGGUUGCAGAUAUAUGUUCACUAAUGAAAUUUCAUUUCCUUUUCGAUUUAA